UCCGAGUGCACAACCGCGAAAACCUAGUUGACAGCCGCAAUCAAGCCGAGGGAGGUCCAUGGCGGGGAAGAAGCGGAGAACGGAAGAAGUCGGCAGCUCCAGCGAGUUCCCAUGGUCGAGCACGACGCUAACGCCGAUGAUAUCGGUGAUAAUCGUCCUCUUUGCUGCGCUGGUUCGCGUUCUCGUCUCGCUUGGCCCGUAUUCCGGCCAGGGUACACCGCCCAUGUACGGGGAUUACGAGGCGCAACGCCACUGGAUGGAGAUAACGCUUCAUACGCCGGCGAGAGAGUGGUAUCGCAAUACAAGCGCGAAUAAUCUUUCCUACUGGGGUCUCGAUUACCCUCCGCUCACUGCCUAUCAGAGCCUUGCCCACGCUCUUCUCGUGAAUUUCUGGAUGCCCGAAUCCCUAGCCUUGAAUACCUCACGCGGUUUCGAAUCACAUGGAUCGAAGCUUCUGAUGAGGUGGACGGUGCUUGUUUCAGAUUUACUUGUGUUCUUCCCGGCUGCUGUUUGUUUUGUAGUGGUUUACUGCAGGAGAUUUGGCGGGAACGGGGGAGAAGGGUCUUCGGCAUGGUUGCUGGCUAUGAUUUUGCUUAAUCCAUGCUUGAUCCUCAUCGACCAUGGACAUUUUCAGUAUAAUUGUAUUAGCCUGGGGCUUACGAUUGGUGCUAUUGCUGCUAUCCUUUCAAGGCACGAAUUCAUUGCUUCGGUACUUUUCAGUCUUGCAAUCAACCACAAGCAGAUGAGCAUGUACUAUGCCCCUGCAUUUUUCAGUUAUCUUCUAGGGAAAUGUUUGAAGCGGAAGAAUUGGGUCCUUGAAGUUGGGAAGCUGGGCAUUGUGGUUAUUGGAACAUUUUUGAUCAUCUGGUGGCCUUAUCUUUAUUCCAUGGAAGCAGCAAAAGAGGUUCUUUAUAGAUUAGCUCCAUUUGAGAGAGGCAUAUACGAGGACUAUGUUGCAAAUUUUUGGUGCAGCACAUCAGUCAUUAUAAAAUGGAAGAAAUUGUUUUCCAUAGGCGCCUUGAAGUUUCUUUGCCUCUGCACUACAGUUUCAGUUUGUUGGCCUUCUUGCUACUGGCAAAUAAAAGCACCAAGUGACCUUGGUUUUCUUUAUGGCCUUCUAAAUAGUUCAUUUGCCUUUUAUCUAUUCUCUUACCAAGUUCAUGAGAAAUCAAUUUUGAUGCCGCUUCUAUCUGCAAGUCUUUUAGCACAACGAGACCCAUUUCUUUUCGGGCAGUUAGUACACUGUAGCCUUCUUUCAAUGUUUCCUCUUCUACUGCGGGAUAAUUUGAUCCUGCAAUAUACAGUUCUUCUUGCACUUUUCGGACUUAUUUUCUUCAGUCAGAAUGGAAAGCAUACAUGGGAUAAAAUUUCUUUUAGGAGGAGGUUGUUACUAGUCUUACCUGUAUUAUUAUCAUUUCUGCUGCAUUUGAUUUAUUUAACAUUAAGGCCUCCUAAGAAGUAUCCUUUUCUCUUUGAGGCCUUGAUUAUGUUUUUUUGCUUUUUUCAGUUUAUUUGUUUUACUGUUUGGGUAAAUAUUCAACAAUGUUCUUUCUUAGAUAUUUUUCAUUGGGCAGAAACAAAGAAAAAGGAUAUGUAAUCCAGUUUCAAGCCAUGCUCAUGGGGCAUUAUCUUUGUUUCAGUCCCCUUUUUUAAGUAACAAAAAGGGUUUGUGUAACCCCA